UCAGCACGGAGCGCGAGCCUCUGCGGCCUCUGCGGCACGGGGCCGCGCGCGCCCCGGGGGUAACGGUGGAGCCGGUCUGCCCCUCUUACCCCUCCGACCCGCAUGGAUUUGCCCCAUGGACGCCUCUGACGGCGCGGAGGCCGAGCGCAGGCGCGCGCGCGUGCCCGUGGCGUCUGGGGCCGGCGGCUGGUGGACGGACAGAACCGGGGGGGAGUUCCCCACGAGAUACGUCAUCACGGACAGGAGCGCGGAGCACGAGGACGACGAGGAUGAAGGGGAAGAGGAGGAGGAAGAGGCGCGCGGACACGGAGCCCAGCUGCAGGUGCUGGAGAUCGACUUUGGUGAGCUGGUCCUGGAGGAGCUGAUCGGAGUGGGCGGUUUCGGGAAGGUGUACCGUGCGGUGUGGAGGGGGGUGGAGGUGGCGGUGAAGGCGGCGCGGCGCGACCCGGACGAGGACGCGGCGGAGACGCUGCAGAGCGUGCGGCAGGAGGCCAGGCUCUUCUCCAUGCUGAGACACCCCAACAUCAUGGCCCUGCUGGGGGUGUGCAUGCAGGAGCCCAACCUGUGCCUGGUGAUGGAGUACGCCCGGGGGGGCCCACUGAACCGCGCGCUUGCCGGAAAACGCAUCCCCCCGCACACGCUGGUGGACUGGGCUGUGCAGAUCGCCAGAGCCAUGCAGUACCUGCACUGCCAGGCCAUCGUCCCCAUCAUACACAGAGACCUGAAGUCCAGCAACAUCCUAAUCCUGGAGCGUGUAGAAAACGAGGAUUUGAGCAAUAAAACCCUGAAGAUCACAGAUUUCGGGCUGGCGCGAGAGUGGCACCGCACCACUAAGAUGAGCGCGGCGGGCACUUACGCGUGGAUGGCGCCCGAGGUCAUCCGCUCCUCUACUUUCUCCAAAGGCAGUGACGUCUGGAGUUACGGUGUGCUGCUGUGGGAGCUGUUAACAGGUGAGGUGCCGUUUCGGGGUAUUGAUGGACUCACUGUGGCGUACGGAGUGGCCAUGAAUAAGCUGGCGCUGCCCAUCCCAUCCACCUGCCCCGAACCCCUCGCUCGCCUUAUGGAAGAUUGCUGGAGCGCUGACCCGCACUCGCGGCCGCCUUUCUCCACCAUCCUGGACCAGCUGACCUCCAUUGAGGAGUCAGGAUUUUUCGAGAUGCCCGCUGAGUCCUUCCACUCGCUUCAGGAUGACUGGAAGCUGGAGAUACAAGAGAUGUUCGACCAGCUGAGGGCCAAAGAAAAGGAGCUGAGGUCGUGGGAGGAGGAGUUAACGCGGGCUGCCCUGCAACAGAAGUAUCAGCAGGAGGCGCUGCGGCGACGUGAGCAGGAGCUGGCAGAGCGCGAGAUCCACAUCCUGGAGCGCGAGCUUAACGUCAUCAUCCAGCAGCUUUACCGCGAAAAACCUCGCACGGAGCAACGCCACGGCAUGUUCCGCCGCAGCCGCAUCAAACUCCGGCCCGGAGACCGCAUCAGCCUGCCCUCCGAUUUUCAGCAUAAGAUCACGGUGCAGGCCUCUCCGUCUCUGGACCGAAGGCGGAGUGUGUUGGGCAGCUCCAGCCCCCCAGCCAGCCCCUCUGUACUGCCCCGCCUCCGAGCCAUACAGCUGACCCCGGCGGAUAGUCAGGGCUGGAGCCGGAACGCUGCGUUCCAGCUGGAUGAAGAGGAGGAGAGGAAGAGUUCCCGUAAAAAAGGCCGAAUCCGGGGGUCAGGAACGCACAGAGAGCACAGCGCUGAUGAGAGUUUGAUUAGUCCUAAUCAGGGCAGCGUUCCAGCAUCCAGCAGGCAGCGGUCCUGCAGCGCUCCAAACCUGCGCCGUUCACCCAGACACAGUCCGGCGGUGCCCGGCGUGCCCAGCUUGCCCGAGACCGAAAAUGAGGACUGCUGCUGUCCUUCCGAGCCCCCGGACUCUCCCAACCAGUCAUAUCUCUGCCUCCCCUUCCACAGGGAGGGCUCCAUUUCCGACAGUUACGGCUCUGAAAGUGCUGUGAUUGGCCAGGGCCUUGACUCCUCCCCCAGUUAUUCGAGGCGGAGCCCCAGCGGGGGUCGGCGGUCAGACGUGCUGAUGCUGGGCUGUGGCGCGGUGCUGGCGGCCGUGGGGCUCGGCUUCAACCUGCUGGACUUGGGCAGGCUGGAGGAGGGUGCCCGCCCCAAAUGGGAGGGGCUUUUCCAGAGAGUGGGCGGUGGCCAGAGGCGGAGCUCCAGCCCCCCAACUCGGAAGUUAUUCAAAAGGGACAGCCCCCUGCGGCCCCCGCCGCUGCCUCCCUCCCUCACGCUCCUCUCUCUGUCCUCCGUUUCGGACUGCAACUCGACCCGCUCUCUCCUUCGCUCUGACAGCGAGGAGCUGCUGGUGCUCCGCCCCCCCUCGCCCCUUCCGCUGAUGCCCCGCCCACUCUCCCCUCCCACACUGGCUCUGUUGCGGCCGCCGCCCCCCAACCCGCCGCCCCCAAACCCCCUCGUCAACACGCAUCUCGAGAGCUUUAAGCGAAACCCUCGCCAGUCGCUCACACCAACACACGUGCCCGCCGCGCCCAGCGCCACCCGCAGGCUGCACCGCACGCCCUCCGACGGAGCCAUAAAGAAGGGCGGCACAACAAACAACAACACCACCACGCAGCACAGCGCUCAGCCAACGCCAGUGAGAACCACACAGGAGCCCACAGUGAGUCCGUGGACAGUGAGAGAUGACCCCUCUGAAGUUCCUCGUCUUCCUGACCCAAACCUCGUCUUCCCGCCCACGCCACGCCGCCGCUGCCAACCGGAACGUCCCAAAACUCUGGACUUCUUAGCCAGGCCACGCCCCUCUCCCCGAGCCCGCUGCGACAGCCAAUGGGGAGACUCUCCGGCUCGCACGUCCAGCACCGAAACCCCGCCCACCGUGGAGUUCAGUGGGGGCGCGGCAGUCCCGCCCACCCCUAUGGAGCAGCCGACCCCAUGCUCUCCCUGGGUGAACGACAGUCUUCUGGACCAAUCAGACGAAGGCCAGUGCAGGGACGGAACCAGGCCGCUUAAAUUAGAGCCCAUUCUGCCCAGAGACUCGCCUUAUAGAAUGAGACCCGGAUUCUGGUCCUGACUUUGGUCCACGGGUGGAAUUUAAAGCGAUAGUUUGGCAAAAAAUCGAGUUUUGAUCCUCAGUCAUCCAAGACGUGUUUGCUCCUUUAGGUCUGCAGUGAAGCUGCGAGGCUAACGAGGCUAACGAGGCUGACAAGUAAUGCAAAUCCAUAAAAAUGUGUGAAAAUAUGUUGAAUAGAUCAAAGCACUACAGUGUGACCGGAAGGUCGCCGGUCCGAUCCCUAGAGCUGACAGUCCAUGACUGAGGUGCCCUUGAGCAAGACGCCUAACACCCAACUGCUCCCCGGGCGCCAUGGAUAG